UUUUUCAAAAUAAUGGAGGAGGAAGAGACUCUAUCUGAUGAGUUUGAGAUUAAAAAUCUUCAAGAACAACAAAAUUCUUUAGUAAUUGCGGAUGAGAGUUCUCAAGACAACAUUAUUUCAGAGGAUUUUAAUAAUACGAAUUUGGAAAAGGAACAUACGCAAAUCAACAAUGGAUUAAAUCAAAUGGAUCAACCCACAACUUCUAUUCGGAACGAAGAAGGAAAUGCUACAACAUCUAUAGAUAUAAUUGGUUGUGCACCUCUCCAAACAUUAGCUAGUGGACUAGCAUUUGCCAGAAUUGCUGACCUUUCUGUUCAAAAAGAUGAACAUGUUCUUCGAUGUCAUGGCUUCAAAUCUAUUUUUAUUCCAUGUGAAAGACUUGAAACUGUUUAUCAAAGAGAUAGAAAAUAUAUACAAUUGAGGCAAAUAAAAGAAGUAAAGGAAAAAAAGGUGGCAAAAAAAGAACGAAGACGAAAAAAUAAGGAAGCUUAUCGAGAUGAUUCUGAUAGAGAUGAGCGGGAGAAGAAAAAGCGUAAAAAAGAAAAACAUUCUUCUGACCAGAAAAGAAAAUAUUCUCCUCCAAAUAUUUAUGCCGGGAGAGAUGAAGUGGCUAGAAGUCUACAAAAACAUAAUUUUGCGGCAAUUGUUCAGUGUUGUGUUUGUGAGUCGGUAGUUGACAAAGAAAGGUUUGGCGGUCGGGAUACUUUGUUUUGUUCACAGAAAUGUAUUUCUAAAAAGGCAGAAGAUGCAAGAAAGUGUGUAAAAGAAGGUGAACGCAUUCUUGUUAUCGACCACAAAGGAGCAAUGAUGAACCACAGCCAUUUAAAUCCAACAAUUGAAACUUUGGAAGAUUUUCUUCUUGCAAAUCCUUCUUAUCAACCAGUUUUAGCUUCCGAACAAAUUGGUAAUAAUUUUAGUCUAACGAAGGAUUUUUUCCUUCAUAUUUUUAGUUUCGAAUUGGGGGGGGGGGGGGUCACCCUUUUCAUUUAA